GCUUUCAAAUUAUUGUUCUGCAAGCGAAUUGUUUGGCAGAAGAAAGGACGCUUUCUUCGCCAGCGAAAAGAAAGCUUGGCUUGGCUUCGAAUCGCCAUUCUCCAUCACUUCAGAUUGUUCCAGCACGACGAAUAGACGGCCAGGCCGCAAGUUCAAAGUUAUAAUUCUUGUUAAAUGUUAAGUGUUUAGAAUAAAUAAGUAGUUAUUAAAAAGUCGUUUGAAGUUAAAAUAAAUGUGUAGUCCAAUAGUGCAAUAAAACUGUUUAAAUUGUGUACUAGUUGUGUCAUCAUUUGACCGCAAAGUGAAUCAAGAAACUUACCCGACAAUUUGGGAGGUGUCCGCAUCAGUUAAUGUCUGGGAAUCACCCACUGCAACCCUGAGCCCUCGACAUUUGGUCCUUCGAGCCGGAUGAGGCCCUGAAUCCGGAACGGAUCCGGAUUAGACCUAUUCGGAAGCUACAGUGCCGAUAGCCCCAACGCCAUCGCAGCCGCGGACGCCAAGCGCCAUAUUGAGGAACGCAGUUCAACUCGAUAAAAAGAAAUACAAGGCAGAUUUCUUUUAUCGAGAAGGUUAGUAGCAUUCCAAUCAACUUACAUUCCGUGAUCAUCCCUACCGGAUCUCUUCUUGUUGCACCUUUCAUCACACUCGGCUACAAUCAUCAUCUCAUCUCCGUCGGAGCACCGCGGAUCGAUUCGAGUCACAUCCGUGCCUGGAACAAAUCAUCAUCAACAAUUAGCAUCAACUUUCUUCGGUCAAGCACCCCAAAUCAGCUGUGACCAUCACACACAACAGAAACACCCAAACGACACAUCAGUAGCAGCAGGAUUUAUUGAAAAUACAAGACAAAUUCCUUGCCUUGAACAGGUAAUUAGGAUUCCAAUAAUUUCACUGUUGCUUGCCGAGCUACUUGGUCUGACAUUUUAGAUCCAACAUCAAACAUCAUGUCGGCCAACGAGCGAAAACUGCGCAGCCUCAAAGCCCGUCGGCGCAGUUUAUCAGCAUCCUUCCUCAACAUCAGCAGAUUCGUCGAUGGUUUCCAAGAACCCCGAGACACCGCAGAGGCACCAGUCCGACUAGAAGCAGUCGUCGAAAUCUGGUCCGAGUACGCGAAGGUCCAGUCUGAGUUGGAAACCCUGGACGAAACACCUGAAGCACUAGAUAAGUACCUCGAGCAAAAAACUGCCUUUGAAACAGCAUACUACAGGGUAAAGGGAUUUCUGCUGCAAAAAUGCCCCUCACAAGCCACAGUACAAACACCAUCUCACAUUACACAGCCCCAUAACACGCACGUUAAAUUGCCCGACGUUAAACUGCCCAUAUUUUGUGGAAAUGUUGAGAACUGGCUCAACUUCCACGAUUUAUUUGUUUCACUCGUCCACUCGUCGCAAGAAUUAUCGAGCAUUCAAAAAUUUUAUUACUUGCGCUCAUCACUAUCAGGAGAAGCACUAAAACUUGUUCAAACUAUCCCGAUAUCCGCCACAAAUUAUCCCGUUGCUUGGAAUUUGCUAUCACAGCAUUACCAAAACUCGCGAAUGCUAAAAAGAACAUAUGUUCAAGCCCUUUUCGAUUUCCCCAUAUUGCGCCGAGAAUCACAAAAUGAAUUACACUCGUUGGUCGAAAAAUUCGAAGCCAACGUACGCAUUCUAAAGCAACUAGGAGAAGCCACCGAACAUUGGGACCUGCUUUUGAUCCAUCUUCUCGCUAGCCGUUUAGAUCCCAUCACCCGUCGGGAUUGGGAAGAGCAUUCGGCAACUUUAGAAAACACUUCUUUUCGAGAACUUACCGAUUUCAUCCAGCGCCGAGUAAAUGUCCUUGAACAAUUAUCGUCCAAGCCACAAAACGAAUCCCAAUCCCAUUCCCAGCCACAAUCACAAAAUCGCCGCCCCAACUAUCCCCGCUCAGCCAAUCACACAACAUUUACAGAGCCCAGAAUGCGAAAAUGCAUCGCUUGCCCCCAAGAUCACAGCAUAUUUCAUUGCCCCAGUUUCACAAAAUUACCACUUAAUGAAAAAACUGCACUCGCGAAACGAAACCGACUUUGUUUAAAUUGUUUCCGACGAGGACAUUAUGCGCGCGAAUGUCCGUCGGAUAACUGCUGCAAGAAUUGCCGAUCGAGACACCACACGCUUCUCUGCCCCAACACACAUACCCACACCAAUUCAAACUCCGUUAGAACAAUCGCCAACACACCACCAGUCAGCGCCGAACAACAAUCGUCAUCAGCUCCAGCUUCUGCUCCGAGAAUCAACGUAGCUCACUCCGGGAUCACCAGCACCAGCACCAGUUGCCACUCACCAACCUCCGAUCGAUCCCGAGUAAUCUUAGCCACAGCAGUUGUGGUGGUAGUCGAUGACGUAGGGAACCAACAUCUAGCUCGUGCCUUGCUGGAUUCUGGCAGCGAAUGUUGUUUUGCGACCAGUCGCUUGUUCAAUCUCAUGAAGGUCAGAAGAACCAAGGUUGAUGUUCCCAUAGCAGGAAUUGGAAGCUCAUCGACGAAAGUCAAGUUCCAAUUUCAUGCAAUCAUUAAGUCCCGCACAUCAGAUUACACAACAACACUACCAUUCCUAAUUCUGCCAAAAGUCACCAUCGAUCUGCCCACUAUUAACGUAAACAUUUCCCAAUGGCCAAUCCCCAAGAACCUACAAUUUGCCGAUCCCGAUUUCCAUCAAAGGCACACUAUUGAUCUCGUGCUGGGAGCCGAGAUAUUUUUUGAUCUCUUUUCACCCCCCGGUCGUAUCUACUUGGGUGAAUCGUUGCCGUCGGUAAUCAAUUCCGUAUUCGGAUGGGUCGUCUCGGGAAAAACAACCUCUAACGCAAACAUUCCACAAACCACCCCAAUGAUUUGUCAAGUUGCCACACUUAAGCGAUUGGAAAACCAAAUAGAAAAAUUUUGGUUAAUAGACGAAAGUGCAUUCCCAUCAUCAUCGUAUUCCCCCGAAGAAAGCAAAUGCGAAGAAUUUUUUUGCCGUACCGUUAGUCGCAAUUCCGAAGGUCGCUACAUCGUUUGUUUACCAGUGAAACGUGACGUCAUCAAUCAGCUGGGCGACAACUCCAAAUCAGCUGUUCGUCGUUUCCAGUUGAUAGAGAAUCGACUGCAAAAGGAACCUUCGCUAGGAGAGCAAUAUAGGGAGUUCAUGACGGAGUAUAUUCGGCUCGGUCACAUGGAACUAGUGACCGAGUGCGAGCAUACUACCAAACAGGCAUACUAUCUCCCUCACCAUCCCGUUAUCCGAGAUUGCAGCACUACGACCAAGGUCCGUGUCGUAUUCGAUGCGUCAAGCCGAUCCUCCACGGGUGUAUCGCUCAACAAUGCGCUGAUGAUGGGCCCCACAAUACAACAAGACUUGCGAGCGAUCGUGAUGCGCUCUCGAUUGUACCCGUUUGUUUUGGUUGCUGAUAUCGAAAAAAUGUAUCGGCAAAUUCUCGUGCACCCUGAUGAUAUCCCACUACAGAGAAUCUUCUGGCGCUCAUCUCCCGAUCAACCGAUACAAACGUACGAGCUCAAGACGGUGACGUAUGGCACAGCUUCGGCCCCUUUCCUGGCAACUCGAGUUCUCAAACAGCUGGCAAUCGAUGAGGCGGAGGGUUUCCCGAAGGCAGCGAGGGUUAUCAGAGAGGAUGUUUACAUGGACGAUAUCUUCUCCGGGGCACAGACGGUGGCAGAAGCAGUCGAGCUGCGAGACCAGCUGGUAGCGAUGUGCCUCAGGGCUGGCUUUCCGCUACAGAAAUGGGCUUCGAACGACGAAGCGAUUAUGCAUGGCAUUCCUGCUGAGCGACGGGCGCUUCAGCAGUCGAUAAAUUUCGAUCAUGAUCAGACACUAAAAACACUUGGGCUACAUUGGGAACCGGGCACUGACAUACUGAAAUUUAGUAUCAAUUUGAAACCUCCGACAGAUGCGAAACUAACUAAAAGGGCAACUCUUUCUUGCAUUGCGCAACUUUUCGACCCGUUGGGACUUGUGGGUCCAAUUUUGGUCACGGCAAAGGCAUUCAUGCAAAAGCUCUGGACGUUAAAGAACGAAAAUGGGUCAAUUUGGGAUUGGGAUCAAGAAUUGCCCGACUACCUUAAACAUGAAUGGGCCAACUAUCAUACUCAACUACCCCUGCUUAACAGUGUUCGGCUAGAGAGGUACGUUCUCCUGCGCAAGGCAGUCGAGAGUGAGUUACACAUUUUCUCGGACGCAUCCGAAACAGCGUAUGGUGCGUGCGCUUAUAUUCGAUCUGUUGAUGAUCGCGGCAAAAUUAAAGUGGCUCUCCUUACAUCGAAGUCGAGAAUUGCCCCCCUCAAGCAAGUUAGCAUUCCCCGCCUAGAGCUUUGUGGCGCUCUUCUGGCUGCCGAACUUUACGAGAAAAUUCGGCUAUCAAUUAAUGUUGAAAUGAGUGUUAAAUUUUGGACGGAUUCGACAGUGGUACUGAGUUGGCUGAGGGCUAUUCCAUCAACUUGGACCAACUUUGUGGCAAAUAGGGUUUCCAAAAUUCAGACUGCGACGGAAGGAUGCUCAUGGCAACACAUAACCGGCGCAGAAAACCCAGCUGAUGUCAUUUCCCGAGGCUGUUUGCCGUCGGACAUUCUUCGCAAUUCCUUAUUGUGGCAGGGACCAGAUUGGCUGAACCAAGACAAGAGUUCUUGGCCUACUCCGAACGUUGAUAUCGUAACCAGCACUGAUUUUGAAUUGAGAAAAUCCGCAAUCGUUUCCUCUUCAGCGAACAUAGAACCGAGCUUCAUUGAUGACCUCCUGAAACAAUUUGAAAAUUUUCAUGCGCUUCUACGCUUCACCGCAUAUGCGUUGCGCCUCAGCACGAAUUUCCGUCUGCCACAGAGCGAGCGCAGAUUUCAGUGGCUCACGACCGACGAACUGAGAACAGCAGAGCACACGAUUGUCCGACUUAUCCAACAGCAGCAUUUCCCCGACGAGUGGAGAAGGUUGAAAAAAGGCGAGCCGGUAUCGAGUUCUUCGAAGCUAAAGUGGUUCUACCCAAUACUUAGCAAGCGUGAUGACGUCAUUAGAAUCGGUGGGAGAAUUGAUCGAUCAGCGCAACCGUACGAAUCAAAACACCAGAUAAUUCUCCCAGGACCCCACCCCUUCACCGUUCUUUUGCUCCGCUCUUAUCAUCAUCGUCUGCUGCAUGCUUCUCCCCAGCUGUUGAUAAACAUGGUCCGGCUCAAGUAUUGGAUUUUGGGUGUGAGAUCAGCCGCUCGGAAAGUUGUCCACCAAUGUAUUGCCUGUGUGAGAGCGCGAACCCAGCUGAUCGAACAGCUGAUGGCCGAGUUACCAGCAUCUAGAGUUUCUCCCACACGGCCGUUCUCUGUUAUUGGUAUCGACUACUGGGGACCGAUUCAGAUCAAACCACGACACCGAAGAGAUGCCCCAGGCAAGGCAUACGUGGCUGUGUUUGUCUGUUUUUCUACGAAGUCCGUCCACCUUGAACUUGUGGUGGACCUCACUACAGCCAAAUUCCUCCAAGCGUUCCGGCGAUUUGUGAGUCGUCGUGGUCUGUGUGCCCAUGUUUACACGGACAACGGUCGCAAUUUUGUUGGUGCGGCAAACGAGCUACGUAGGUUCCUCCGAAGCAACGACUACAAGAGUCAUCUAGCCAAGGAAUGCUCCGAGAAUGGGAUCCAAUGGCAUUUCAAUCCACCGAGGGGAUCUCAUUUCGGAGGUUUAUGGGAGGCAGCGAUCAACUCGGCCCAGAAGCAUUUCGUCCGUGUUUUGGGAAACCACUUACUGCCCUUCGAUGAAAUGGAGACGCUUUUGGUGCAGAUCGAAGGCUGUAUCAACUCUCGCCCUAUCACCCCUUUGAGUGACGACACCACCGAUUUAGAACCCCUCACCCCUGGUCAUUUUCUCGUUCAAUCGGCGCUUAAGGCAGUGCCCGAUGACGAUCUACAGUCGUUGCCUACCAACAGGCUGACUCAAAUGCAGCUGACCCAGAAGUUGGCGCAAGAUAUUUGGAAAAGAUGGCAUGUUGAAUAUUUGGCUACAUUGCAAACUCGAUCGAAAUGGUUGAAGGCUCCUGUUAAAAUAGAAAUUAACCGUCUCGUUCUCAUCAAGGAUGAGAAUCUCCCUUCCACACAAUGGGCAACAGGCAGAAUCCAUAAGCUUCAUCCCGGGGCUGAUGGGGUGACUCGGGUGGUAACACUGCAGACAGCGAAAGGCUUCAUCGACAGACCGGUUGCAAAGCUCUGUUUGCUGCCGAUUGCAUCAAUGGAUGGCGAGAUGAAUGAAGGCAAGAAUUCAUCAAUCAGCAGCGAAAUCGCAAGAAAAUCAGCAUGAGCGAACGAGGAUAGCAGAUUUUAAAUAAAAUACAAGGCCCCCUGAAAUGGUGGGUCCCAGAAUCGGAACCCAUGGUUCUACGGCAUCAGCGCCGCAAGGUCAGGCACGAUCCAAUGUUACCGAACGAGCGGUGGCAUUUUCCUACGAGCGAUUACAGCGGUAUCCAGAAAUGGCCAUUUCUGGAGGUGGCAGGAUGUUCCGGCAUGGUAAUCGAGCAGCGAGCGAGGCAUCGAUAUUCGACACGGCGUAGUACGCGAAGGCGCGCGAGGCGCGAGAAAUAUUUCACCGCUUUCAAAUUAUUGUUCUGCAAGCGAAUUGUUUGGCAGAAGAAAGGACGCUUUCUUCGCCAGCGAAAAGAAAGCUUGGCUUGGCUUCGAAUCGCCAUUCUCCAUCACUUCAGAUUGUUCCAGCACGACGAAUAGACGGCCAGGCCGCAAGUUCAAAGUUAUAAUUCUUGUUAAAUGUUAAGUGUUUAGAAUAAAUAAGUAGUUAUUAAAAAGUCGUUUGAAGUUAAAAUAAAUGUGUAGUCCAAUAGUGCAAUAAAACUGUUUAAAUUGUGUACUAGUUGUGUCAUCAUUUGACCGCAAAGUGAAUCAAGAAACUUACCCGACAAUUUGGGAGGUGUCCGCAUCAGUUAAUGUCUGGGAAUCACCCACUGCAACCCUGAGCC